AUGACGCACGUCUGCACGCGCAGCCAUGACGCGCACAAGGCGCUCAGCGAUGACGCGCUAGUUCGGCGCGCUCCCAGCAGGGCGCGGCGCUGCAGAACUACAACAACGAGCUGGUCAAGUGUGAGCGGCGCAGCCGGGACGGGGAGGUCGGGAGGGCCGCAGGGCCGCAGCGGGGUGCCCCUGGACCCGCCUCGCUGCGGGCAUCGCGCGGCUGAGCAGAGCCCUCCGUGCCGGGGGCUGGGUGUCCGUGGCCCGAGCCCUCGCUGGCUCGCAGGCCCCGCGCCGGGCGCUCGGGGGUGGUGCCUGACUCAGGCUUCCUCGGGUGUAAGGAGGCCCGCCCUCCGCCGCCGCGCUCCUGCCCUGGGCCCACAGCGCCGCCCCUCCCGGCCCCCAGGCAUAGAGGAGCUGUGCCAGAAGCGGGAGGAGCUGUGCCGGCAGAUCCAGGAGGAGGAGGACGAGAAGCAGCGGCUGCAGAAUGAGGUGAGGCAGCUGACAGAGAAGCUGGCCCGCGUCAACGAGAACCUGGCACGCAAGAUUGCCUCUCGCAACGAGUUCGACCGGACCAUCGCGGAGACGGAGGCCGCCUACCUCAAGAUCCUGGAGAGCUCCCAGACUUUGCUCAGCGUUCUCAAGAGGGAAGCUGGGAACUUGACCAAGGCUACAGCCUCAGACCAGAAAAGUAGCGGUGGCAGGGACAGCUGACCAGACCAAGGGCAGGGCCUGCCUCCGUGCGCCCCUCAGCUCAGCCCCAGCAAGUGUGCGCUCAGAGCAUCUUUGUUCUUCACGGCAGCAGCUAUCUUCCCUCACUGUCUCAGGUGCCGAGAGGGGCAGGUGCCAGCCUCCACUGGCAUCAGUGACAAGCCCAGGGCACAGCCCACCCGGGGGGUCCUGGCUUCGUGCUCACACAGGCUAUGGGGAUGGUGGGCUCCAGGUCAGCUCUGCAAGGGACCUGUCUCUGUGGCACCCACACUCCUGCCCUGCCAGGGAGGCCCUGGUUGUCUGAGCACCAUGGGGCCCCCUCACCUUGUCCCUCCUUAGCCAGCAGAGGCCCAGGGAAGGGGACAGGGGUUCUCCUUCACCCCAGAACCCAAACCUCAGGUCUCACCCCUGUGGCCUGUGAUUAUCAAUAAAGAUUAUCUUUGUAAA